CACCCCAAUUUUGGUCCUCUGAGCAUUACGACUGAAUAAUGGCGACGCCGCCGCCGAACAUGGAGGGCGGUCCGCCGCAAGUAGCACAGCCGCCGGGGACGGACAUGACCGGAAUAUGCUUCAAGGACCAGCUUUGGCUGAGCUCUUAUCCUCUCGAUCGCAACCUGGUCUUUGAUUACUUCGCUAUUUCACCCUUCUACGAUUGGACCUGUAACAAUGAACAGCUCCGCCAGCGUGCGAUUCACCCUCUUGAUACCUCUCACCUCUCAAAGAUGACGGGGUUAGAGUACAUGCUGGUGGAAGUUAAUGAGCCGCAUUUGUUUGUUAUACGCAAGCAGAAGAGGGACAAUCCGGAGAAGGUUACACCUAUGAUGACUUACUAUGUGUUGGAUGGUUCGAUAUAUCAGGCACCCCAUCUCUGUAAUGUCUUUUCAGCUCGAGUUGGACGAGCUCUCUAUCAUAUAAACAAGGCUUUCACCACUGCUUCUUCAAACUUGGAGAAGAUCGGAUAUGUUGAUCCUGAAAAUGAGGCUGCAGCCCCUGAAUCUAAGGCUAGCAAAGAGACAAUUGAUUUAAGGGAAUUUAAUCGAGUGAACCAAAUUCUUCAAUCGUUAUUGCGCAAGCUACCACCAGCCCCACCCCCACCGCCAUUCCCAGAAGGCUAUGUUCCUGUAUCAACUGGAGAAACUGAAAAUGGCUCCGAUACUCAGCAAGCUGGAGAGCCGCAACAACCUCCGUUGGAUCCCAUCAUCGAUCAAGGCCCAGCUAAAAAAAUGAAAUUUUAGAUUAGAGGUGGUCACCAACUUUACCUCAUGUUAGAUUACCAAAUGGUCCAGGAGAAAGAAAAUUCAGCAUAUUUGAGAAACAAAGGUAUAUGCUUAGAUUUUUGCUUUUUGACCUUUGGUUAGCAAAAUCAUACAUAGUGGAACUUAGACUUAAAAUUAUGGAUUUAGUACUUGUAAUCUUGUCGUAGUCUGAUUACUCAUGCAUCACCCAAAAUGAUUUCUCGAUUAGGAUUUAGUAAAGCUUCUGAUAUAAACAUUUCUUCAUGUCAUUUGCGAAGAAACAGUUGUAAACAAUUGGCCUGAUGUCAGUUUCAAUCUUCAUGGUAGCGGCCAUUGUGCAA